AAGUCGAUAAGGAGAGACGAGCAGGGUGGACGCCCUGCCAGAGCUCUGUGUUUCACAGCCGAGCCUGCGCUCUCUCAGACACACCUGUUGGCCGUUUGAGGAAGGCGCUCUGAUACGGUGGGAGGGGAGGGUGUGGCCAGAGAGACAGAGAUCCGAAAAUUCCUUACUUCCUUCUUCUCAGUUGUGAGCCCUGGCUUUGCUGAGGUACGGUGUGCUCGGGUGACCCGGAGGGAGAGAGGCUGGAUCUGCUGGGAUACGGACUCCAGAAAACCAAACACGACACACGGAAGCAGGAGGAACAGAGAAGUUCUAGAGAGAGAGAGAGAGAGAGAGAGAGAGAGAGAGCGACAGACAGAGAGAGAGACCGUUGAGAGUGGCGUGACUGUACCCGUAAGAUUCAAAGAUCGAUUGAAAGAGGAAAAGAGAGCGAGAGGGAAACUGAAAAAGUGCCCCGAGAGCGAGGGAGAAAGAGAAAGAGAAAGAGCUGUGCGAGAACUGAGUAAGAGCCAGUCGGGCCUUGAAGUCGGAUCGCGAUCGCCAUGGUCACCCUGGACGUGCACACGCUGACGGUGCCGGUGGGCGUGGUGCGGAUGCUGGAGGUGCUGCUGUCCUGCGUGUCCUUCAGCGUGGCGGCGUCCGCGGGCCACGACGGCAGCUCGUACUGGGCCUGGUGCAUGUUCACCUGGUGCUUCUGCUGCUUCACCACCCUGCUGAUCCUGGUGCUGGAGCUGACCCGCCUCAGCGCCAGGGUGCCCAUCUCCUGGGACGACUUCACCACCGCCUUCGCCAUGCUGGCCACCCUGAUGGUGCUGGCCGCCUCCGUCAUCUACCCCAACUUCUUCGCCCGCACCGCCCUCCCGCGGCCCAUCGCCGCCACCGCCAUGUCCUGCCUGUGCUUCGUGGCGUACGCGGUGGAGGUGGGCCUCACCCGCGCGAAGCCCGGCGAGGUCAGCGGCUUCCUGUCCACCGUGCCGGGCCUGCUGAAGGUGCUGGAGGCCUUCGUGGCCUGCAUCAUCUUCAUCUCGCUGGACUCCGGUUUCUACCCGAGAUUCGGCGGGCUGCAGUGGUGCGUCGCGGUCUACUCCCUGUGCUUCAUCUUCGCCCUCCUCAUCAUCCUGUUCACCAUCUGCCGACUGCUCGCCCUGUUCCCCUUCUCCUUCGACAAGGUGCUCACCGGGUACAACGUCCUGGCCGUCCUGAUGUACAUGACCGCCGUGGUCGUCUGGCCGCUCUACGCCUUCCAGAACAACCCGCGGCCCAGUCCCUGCAGGCAAUGCCCCUGGGACGGGCUGUUGGUGGUGUCCUUCAUGACCUGCGUCAACCUGGUGGUCUACAUCGUGGACACGGUCUACUCCGUGCGCCUGGUGUUCUUCAUCUCGCCCGUUUAGCAACCCCCCCCCCCCAAACCUGUGACCCUAACCCUGCCCCCCUCCACGUCUGCUCGGCUGCGAUUGGCUGACGGACGGUCUCUGCGGGACUGGACAGCGUGUCUGCAUGACGGUUUUGUGUCGGACUCACUGAGCUGGUGACGUGACUUGUAACUUUUUUAUACAGAGCACACAGUGUUCAGUGUAACUCCACUGUAUGCGGAGAAUAUUUGCAGACAUGGAUGCUUUAUACCUUGUUAUAAUGGAGUAUCUUUUGCGAAUGAUUUUGUUCAUAUUAUCUAUGCCACCAUGUUGUAUUUCUGAUGAUUAUUAAUAUUAAUUAAUAUAAUAGCACAGUUGAUUUGGCAUUGACGUAGAUCCAUGUUUAUAUUAAAUUAGGAUUUUUUUGUUGCCUAUAUCCUCUUCUCUCUGAAUGCUUGUUCAGUCUGACCUUCUCCUGUGUCAGUGCUUACAAACCACAUAGAAUUAAAACCAAAAGUCCUGCACUGUA